ACCUUAUUCAUCUGUUUUCAAAGUAUGAUUUAAGUUUGAUUUCCUUAGGUUUAAAGAAAAUCAGAUGGGUAAUACUAUGCUAUGAAGAGAGUCAAUAUACAUUAACAUAGUCUGAAAGAGAAAGAAAAUGCUUUGAAUAAAAUCAGAACAUUAGCUUCUCUUGAUUCUCCUUAUAUAGUUGAAUUUAAGGAUGCCUUUAUAGAUCAAGAUGGUAGAAUUCUUUAUAUAUUAAUGGAGUUUGCAUCGGGCGGAGACUUAAAUCAGAUAUUAACUUAAGGUAAAUAAGAGGGAGGGAUUUAAGAGAGCGAAAUUUGGAAAAUACUAAUCUAGAUUAUUCUCGGAGUGAAAGUAUUGCAUGACAAUCAAAUCUUGCAUCAAGAUCUUAAAUCAGAAAACGUGUUUGUAUUCAAGAUUCUUAAAGAAAACCAUUAUAAAAUAGGAGAUUUCAAUAUUGGUAAAGUAACUAGAAAGGAAAAUGCAGAGACAGGAUCUCCGUGUAUUGAUAUCAUUUUAUAAUAAUUUAUGUUUCUCCUGAACAAUGGAAAGGUGAACAAUACUCAUAUCCAUGUGAUAUUUGGUUAAUUGGUUGCAUAAUCUAUGACCUGGCAGCAUUUCAACUUCCCUUUAGAGCCAAUGAUAUAUUGUCCUUAUACAAAAAGAUAUAGGUUGGUAAGUAUGAUCCGAUUCCAUCCAAAUAUAGUGAGGAUCUAAAACUAAUUUUAAAAAUGCUCUUACAAGUAGAUCCAAAGAAUAGACCAAAUUGUGAUUAAAUUCUCAAAGAUCCAAAGGUCCUAAAGAAUAGCGGAUCAUUGCUAGUUGAAAUUGAGUAGAAUUUAGGAAAAUUAAAUUAUAAUUUACCAAAGCCCAAUCAUGAAAAAGCAAUCAAAAAAUUACACUCAAAAUAAGGACUUAAUGUUGAGACUGAAAAUCCGAUAUCUUUGUAACCUCUAAUUAAUUUAGAAUAAUAAUAAUAGUAAUAACAAUUAAGAAAAAAAUUGGUCAUUACUUCCUCAAAAGAAGCUCGAUUGA